AUGAUUAAAUUACCUUUUUAUAGUUUUAAUAAAAAUUCCUUACUUGUACAGUGUUUCAAAUCAGCAUGUGUAUAUUACAUACCUCAGAAUUUAUUAGUUCUUAGUGCUUUUAUUUUUUAUAAAUAUAAGAAAAGUCAAUUUAGUAAUGGGAAAAGAAUUCCUAUAACAAACUGCAGUGAAGCAAUACAUAAUUUUGUGGUUGAAAAAAAAUUAAAAAAAGAUGACAUAAAAAUACAGAAAAAAAAAAAUGUAUACAUCAUAUCGUUAGUUUAA